GCUUUACCGAGUUUACCGUACGUCGCGAUAAUACUCGACCGACGGUAACAUUAUUAUUUAUUAGUUUGUUACGUUGAACGUCCCCUUCUUAUCCGGUGUCGCGCGAUUCAAUAAUUUCUUCAAUAAUUAUCAUUUAUCAAUAUUAUCAUUAUUAUUGCAAGAGUCAACUGAGUCAAGUUGCUAGUCGUUGUUCGUCGUUGGACGUUAUUGAUGUUAUUCGUAAUUGACUGGUACGACCGUACGAAAUUUACUGACCAAUUUGUUUUUGCAUCGAGUUCGUUUGCGUCGAGAUAACCGUUAAAUUUACGUCGUUGUUCGUGUCGACAGCAAAUCUGAUCAAGACCCUGGCACAGGAGGGUGCCCCAACACCAUCUCGAGACGGUGUCACCAUGUCGCGUCGGAUUUUACAGCACUUCCAGAGCACUGGUUUUCAUAUUUCUUCAACUGAAUGGAAAUAGGUACCUAUCGUUGGCGUAUCAAAUCAACGGAUAGUCAGGCUGGUCUUGUCUGACGAGAACGUUGAUGUUAGAGGUGUCCCUACGAAACUAUUGGAUUCAGGACAUCAUAUCUUACCCGCCAGCAGACUAUUGCCGCCACAGGCAUUAUUUCAUAUGCAGACUACAUAAUGAGAAAGCUGAGUGUUAGCAGUAUGAACAAAACUCAGAAAAAUGUUCCUCAAGUAAAGAAAGUGCCUCCACCAGCCAUUCCGGAUUCAGUUGCAUGCCGACAUUCGGGUAGUAGCUUCGGAUCAACAGGAUAUAGCAGCUCCAGUGAUGACGCAUUUUUAGAUCCAAAUACUUGUACCAAACCAGAUAUCUAUGAUGGGUCAGAUACUUAUUGCCCAAUUGGAAAUAAAUCACCAUCGUCACAAUUCAAUCAUCCAGCUUUCACAUUUCCAGGAUCUACUUCGUAUUCUCACCCCAGUGGAAAUAUGAAAAUGUAUUACCACCAGUUAUCACUUCAGGAAGAUCAAGGAAUUGAUAUGACUCAAAGUCCUGGUCGUGAUAGUCCUGGUUCAUCUGGUUCAGGUUCAGGAUCACGUCAUUCUACGGCAAGUUUAGAUAGUGGUCGUGCUUCAGGGUGUCAUCUUCGAGGAAACACUCAUUGGCAUCCAGAACUUAGUCCAUCUACUAGGGUGGAAAGACUCCUCAAUCAAGGGGUUCCAGAUAAAGAUAUAAUGUACAGUUGGUUAGUUGAUCUACAUCUAGAAGAAUAUUUACCAUUGUUCAUAUCUGCUGGAUAUGAUAUGAGAACUGUUUCAAAAAUGACACCAGAAGAUUUAACUGCUAUUGGUGUAAAGAAACCAAAUCAUAGAAAGAAAUUAAAAGCAGAAAUUGGUUUAUUAAAUAUAUCUGAUGGACUAUUAGACUACAUUCCUGGGUCGUUAGAUGAAUGGCUUAGAUUACUAAGACUUGAAGAAUAUGGAUCAGCGUUAGAAGCUCAAGGUUAUUCAACAAUAGAUGAUGUAACUCAGUUAACAUGGGAAGAUUUAGAAGAUAUUGGAAUAGUCAAACUUGGGCAUCAAAAAAGAUUAUUACUAGCAAUUAAACGAGUAAAAGAUAUUAAGGCUGGAAAAUCAUUUGUUCCUCAUUCUCCAUAUAUUAUUCAAACUCAAGCCUGCAUCGAGUCACCAUUAAGCAUUGUAAGCAGCAGUUCUGGAUGUGGAACAAGUAUCACUAACAUAAGUUGCGGUACAGGCAGUGUUGAACUUGAUUUACCUCGUGUUCAUGCCACGUAUCACAGCUUUCAUCAACCUUGGGAAUUAGAGAGUAGCAAACAACUAUAUUGUCAAACAGAUAUUGUUCCCAUCAAGUCCCCUAGACCUACUCCGGAUUCGAACUGGACACUCGAAUUUCAGGAAUCGCUAAGAGGAACUCAUCGUGGCAAAUCAUUAGAAAGUCUACAUGAAAAUAUGAAUUCAACAACUGGAGGUACAAGUAGUUUUGUUGGUCCUCCACAGUGGAGACAUCAGCAAAAAAGUUUUGAAGAUGGUGAUUUAACACCGACAAAUGAAACAUCUAUUCUUCAUGAAUGUGGUGGUACAUUGCCUAGACCAAGAGGACUAGUUAAGCCAAGAUUAGUAGCUAAAGUUCCCGCUUUAUUUACUCAACAAAAUAUAGAAGACUGUUCAGGAUUAAAUACAUUGAAACGUAGACCACCGUCACCACCUAAACGUCAACAGUCUUGUGAAGAUAAUAAAAAGGGUCAUCAAGUAACUGUUGUUGCUGAUCUACAUUGUAUUCCAACAUUAAAAUCUAAAUCUUUGGGCAAAUGGACUACAGACAAUAUGUCUUCUAAACAUAACUUGGAGGAUCAUAUUGGAUCAAAUGCAAGCUUUAAAUCAAAUUCAAGUACUGAGUCAGAUACUAUUCCAUUUGCCAAUGAAAAUGCUGGCACAAUUAAACAGAGAACGAUCAGAUCUACAAAUGAAUUAAUUCAACCCAUGCUUGCUGAAGGAUCUCAUUCUAUGCACACAACUUCAAGUUAUUCAAUGCACUCAACGACAAGUCAAUUUUCGUUAAUGCCUCCUAGCGGUAAAAAAGAACCAGCAGAUGUUUUAAAUGAUAUCGGAAAUAUGUUAGCCAAUUUAACUGAUGAGUUAGAUGCCAUGUUAGAAGAAGAAAAAAGACAAGGCCUCAAUGAUUAAAUCAAUUAAUUCUUUAUAAGAAUUAAAUUAACUGUACUUGCCCUAACUGUCAAGAAAAAACUACAUUUGUUCCAUCCAAUCAAAAAGAGACAAUUUUAUGUUCCUUUUUAGUUUCUGUGAGUUGUAAAAUUUAAAUCGCAAAAAAAAUUGUAAUCUUAUUUGUAUCUUAUUAAAUCUGUCAUUGUUAGGCUAUAAGAGAAAAAACACCAAUUGUAAUUGUAUUCUUCACUCCUUGCUCUUAAGUUUUAAUUUUAAAUAAGUUAACAAUUUUAGAAAUAUGGCUGAUACUAUCUUUAUCUCACCUAAACAUUAUAAAUUGGUAUGGAUUAGAAUCAGCCUUCUGAAUCAUAUAUAUAUUAUUUUAAUAACCACAAUUAACUAUUACUCAAAUUUAUUUUUAACAUUUUAAAAUUUAAUAUUAUAUAAUUUCUAUGCAACUAAAAUAUUAUAAUUGUUACUAUUAGUGUAGACAUAUCACCUUAAACGUCUUCCUGUUUUAUAAUUUUAAUCGAAAAUAUAACUUGUUUAUACGAUUUAAAAAACUUUACCCAAGUUAUAUAGAGACAUAUUAUAUUAUAUUUCUAAAUUAUUACUUAUAGGUAGCUAUUUUGAUUAGGUUAUAAAUUAAUCAUAGGUAACUUUUAUUUAUAAAUUGAAUAUUGUUUAAAAUACUUUUAGAGGCGACAUAUUUGACUGAUUAGAGAGACAGUUAGUAAUCUUUGAACCAUAAAGAUGUAUAUUGUUUAAAUACUUAUCCUGUGUCUAUGGUUAAUACUUUAUAUCUGUUCAUUUUAUCAUAAAUAAUGUAAUGAACUUUGGUGAGGUUAUUUAUUCAUUUAUAUUAGUUUAAAAUUAAUCGUUUUCGCUAAUGUUAGAUGAACCACAUCUUCACCACAUGAGAAUUGUAAUUUGAUUAUUCUUAAUGGGCAUUUCCAUUACUUGGCAAUAUAACAUUUAUAUUGUAUGUACAAAUAAUAACUCAGCUAUUAGCAUUUUAUAUAAGAUACACCUAGUAAAAUCAUAUUCACCGACCAGUGUACAGGGAGAAGAACAUUGAGUUUGUAAAAUGUUAUUUAAUGAUUAAAUAACAUUUAGAAUCUAAAACAUUUGUAUAUUAUGGAAGUAGGUUUAUUAU